AUGCACGCAAAAACAGAAUAUCAUAAAACAAGUCAGUAUAAAUAUGAUUCUUUUUUGGCUGUUAAAAAUAACAAAAUUCAAUCUAUUGAAAUUCAAGUAAAUAAUGCUCUAAGGAAAGAAAUAGAAGAAAAUAGAAAACGUAUUAUUCCUAUAAUUAAAACUGUAUUGUUUUGUGGAAGACAGGGUAUUGCUUUACGUGGGCAUAAAGAUAGUGGAUUAGUUACAUGUGAUGAGGAUGAAAUUUACAAUGAUGGUAACUUUAGACAGUUGUUACGUUUUAGAGUUGAUGCAGGUGACCAAAAUCUUCAAAACCAUCUAGUAACUUGUUCUAAAAAUGCUAUGUAUACUAGUUGGCGUAUUCAAAAUGAAAUUAUAACAGCCUGUAAUAGCUUAAUGCUACAAACGCUUGUGCAUGAUAUUAAUGCUGCAAAAUCAUUUACGGUGUUGGCAGAUGAAACAAGCGAUAUAGCCAAUAAAGAACAAUUAACUUUAUGUGUGAGGUAUGUUCAUUUUGGUCAAAAGAAAUUAAGGGAAGAUUUUUUACAAUUCAUUGAGGUUAAAGAUGUUAGUGGAAAGGCAUUAGCAGAUACCAUACUAAACAAUCUUCAAUCCAUGGGUAUAGAAACAAAGUAUCUAGUUGGACAAGGGUAUGAUGGGGCAGCCUCUAUGUCCGGAAUAUUCAACGGUACCCAAGCUUAUAUACGAACAAAACACCCAAUGGCAUUAUAUAUACACUGCAGUUCUCAUUGCCUAAAUUUGGCUAUCUCUUCUUCUUGUAAAAUCCCUGAUAUAAGGAAUUGUAUGGGAACUAUGCAAACAAUAUGCAAUUUUUUCUCAUACCCUAAGAGGUCAAAUGUACUUUUGGGUGCUAUUAAAAAGCUUUUACCAGAUGAAAAAUCUUUUAAACUGAAAAAGUUUUGCCCUACAAGAUGGGUUGAACGUCAUGACGCCGUCAUACUGUACUAUGAAUUACAACCUGCAAUUAUUUCUGCUCUGGAAGACAUUUCUUUGUGGAAAGAUACAGAUACUUCAUCAGCGGCAAAUCAACUCCUUGCAUCAAUUCACCAAUUUAAAUUCCAAAUAUCAAUGAUGAUUCUUGUUAAACUGUUUUCAAUAUCAGUGUCACUGAGCAAAUUUUUACAAACAGAAAAUUUGGAUCUAGAAAAUGCCCUUUUUUUUGCUGAAACUACACAAACUACUUUAAAAGAUAUUCGUUUAAAUGCUGAUAAAGAAUUCAAUGAAAUAUUUAAGUCAGUUGAAAAAAUUUGCAAUACAUUGGAAAUUGCUGUUUGUGUUCCCAGAGUAUCUGGUCGGCAAACACACAGAACUAAUGUAGACGUUGACACUCCGGAAAGUUUUUACCGAGUAGGGGUAUUCAUCCCAUUUUUAGAUAAUUUUAUAGAGCAAUUACAUAAUAGGUUUUUAGAACAUCAGUCCAUUUUAAAAAGCUUUGAUUGUUUAAUACCAAAGUCUAAUCUUAAAGUUACAAAAAACGUUGAAGACAAAUUUAAGUUACUGCUAGAAAAUUACAAAGAUAUCUUAAAUGAUGAUAAAAAUGAUAAUAUAUUAAAUGAAUAUUCAGGCUGUGCCGAAUUAAAAUUAUGGCAUAAUAGCUUUGAAUAUCAAAGUAAACUUUCUGAACAUUCUGAACAAUCUAAAAUAACUGUGACAGAUUUAUUCUUCCAAUGUAAUUCAAAAAUGUAUACAAUUAUUUCAAAGUUGCUUCAAAUUUUCAUCACAUUACCAGUUACAACAGCAUCAGGAGAACGUUCGUUUUCUACAUUACGACGUAUAAAAACUUAUCUACGGAAUACAACUGGACAAAUCAGACUUAACGGUUUAUCAAUGUUAAAUAUUCACAGGGAUAUAACAAUAACCCCCGAGGAGAUAAUCAAUGAGAUGGGAAAAACAUCAAACAAGAGAUUGGCAUUAAAUUUAUAA